AUGGAACAACUAUACAUGCUUAUUCAUGAAGAAACAAAAGAAAAACAGGCAGGCAGUCAUCGAGUGGCAGCUGAAAUAGUGGCUGGCAUGAUUUGUGGUUCGAAAUAUUGGACAUUAGAAAUGGUAAGUCAAAUAUGUUCACUUUACGUCAUAAUUGAAUUUGAAUCAUCAAAAAAAGCAUCAAUUCGUUUUUUUCCUAAUUAG